CUUUGACUGUGUCAAUCUGACUGUAUUUUAACUUUUAACUGUGCCAUUCUGACUGCAUUUUAAGCUUUCACAGGCUUUAUCUGACUGUAUUUCAACCUUUGACUGUGUAAAUCUGGCCGAAUUUAGCCUUUGACUGUGUCAAUUUGCCAGUAUUUUAACAUAUGACUGUGCCCAUCUGACUGUAUUUUAACUUUUAACUGUGUCAAUUGGACUUUAGACCUACUUACAUUUCCUGAGAUUCCAAUUGUACCAGACUCGGCCCAGAGCUGCCAAACAAUCGAUGUGAGUGAGGCAGGAGUUCAUCGAUCUUCUCGGCCUAUCACUAUGGAUGUGAUGUGUACACUUUCAGUUUCAGUCUCUAGCACACAGAUGGAAGGUAAAUGUGUUGACCUCUUCACUUCAGUUGUUUAUAUUUCAACUUUCUGACCGUCUUAGUGUAGACAACGUCAAGUUCAAGGGUGGAGUGGAUCACAAAACAUUGGGAUUAGAUUCAAGAGUUCCCACUAGUGGCCUUCCAACUUGUGUACCACGCCCCCAUGGGACUAACGAGGUAGAUCCAACCAGAACAAACAUGGACAAAGUUUGGAGCAAAACACCAACAGAACUGACAUGUAGCAUUCAACUAGAGGACAACAUGAGGGAGGUUCAUGGAAGUGGACAUCGCAGGCCGUCCACUACUUCCUUAUCCAGGUAUCGAUCCUGUCCUGAACUGGCCUCGGCAACUUGUCAACAAGACUCCCCUGCAUGUGACAUGGCCCCAAUGACUGACCAAGAUGGGAUUCUUAUGCACACCACUCCAGUCGUACGUAACAGUCUGUGUGUUGACCUGCCGGAGAUUGAAGUCAAUAACUUCCGGUCAGCUGCUGCUACGCCCAGUCCACCGUCAACACCCGGAAGUCAAAGAAAAGAUGUUAUGACCACAUCUUUUAACUCUCAUUCUACUGCGCGACGUAAACUGGACAGUGCUGGGGUCAUUAUUGGACACAGUCUGCCCGAUGAUCUCCCUUUGAAAGAAGAGAAUCUUCGUCGCUUGGAAGAGUUACGUGUUCAAGGGGUCUACAAGAACAGGCCGUUUGAGGAAGUGACCGACAGUGAGCGUCAGUGGCAGGCCGAGACAGAUGACGAAUCCUCUUUAUGUACAUACAGCAGAUAUCACACUCAAGGACUAUCCAAUGUCCAGAAUGUGGACAAAUGUACACAGUGGCUGCAAAGUAUACAACUGAAUUCAACGGAUAAAAUUAAAUCCAGAAGUCAAAUACAGUUGACACCGAUUUAACUGUUACAGUCAAACAUAAUAGACUAGUAGAAAAGAAUUUAUUGAACUUUGGCUAGCGGAUAUUGUAUUUAAAUAAAUCAACAGUAUAAUGUCAUGGCCAAAUUGAAUAAGAUGAACCCUUUA